UUUUAAUCGAAUUCAAUUUGUUUAAAAUUUUUUCUUCGAUCUGAUUUUCGAAUUUCGAAUCUUUUUUUUUUUUAUUGACACGCACACUAUUUUCACAGUAAUUUUGAAAUUCCAAAAGGAAGAGAUUGUUUAAUUUUCCACAACCGGUUGAAAUAGUGUCUAAUCCAUUUUUUUUUGUUUUGUUUAAUUCAUUUUUCAUCUAUCGUUUUAGUUUGUUUUUUUUGUUUAUAUCGGCCAAAUCAUCUCUACUCAAUCAUCACAGACAACAAUAAAUGUUGAAUUAAUCCAGAAAUAAACAAUAAAAAAACGUUUGCCAAAAGAAUUUUUAAAAAAAAGAAAAGAAACUUGAUGAAUGAAUGUCAGCAUCAAUUUUCAAAUAUUCAUAAUUAAAAAAAUUUUCGGCCAUGGAACAACAAAAUGGUAAUGGUGAUGGCCAUGUGUCGGAUGUUGUUAUUGGUGCUAAUGAUAUGAAAACAACACCAAACAUUACAAAGAAAAAUAAUAAUCGAAUAAUUCGUAGCCUUGAUUGGGAUGAUUAUCUAAAAGUUUGUCCGGGAAGACCAGCACCAGCCCAAUAUUUUAAUCAUCAUCUAGAUCCACCAGAUAAUGAAUUUAAAAUCAAUCAAAAACUUGAAGUAUCUAGUCCGGAUAGUCAUGAUUUUGUACAUUUAGCUACUGUUGUUGGCUAUAUGGGUCCACGUUUGCAGCUACGAUUGGAUGGUUGUGACAAUGCAAAUGAUUUUUUCGAACUAGUCGAUUCUGAAGCAAUAAGUCCAAUCGGUACUUAUAAAUCAAAAGGACGUUUUUUUGCUGCACCAUUACGUUUUCGUAGAGAUGCGGCAACAUAUGCAAGUUUCUGUAAACAAGUGUUAAAAAAUUCGUUUUAUGCACCAGAACGAUGUUUUAAAUCACCACCAAAACGUCCAGAAAGAAAUUAUUUUGAACCCGGUAUGAAAUUAGAAGCAGUGGAUAAAAAACAUCCAUCAAAUAUUUGUCCAGCAACAAUAAAAAGUGUUGAUAAUAUGGAUGUAGAGAUACAUCUGGAUGGUUGGGAUAAUAAUAAUGAUUAUAAGUGUCCUUAUCAUUCACGACAUCUUUUUCCCGUUGGUUGGUGUAAAAAAACUGGCCACAUUCUUCAAUUACCUGGACCGAAAGUUGAAUAUGAAAUUGAUACUAAAAAACAACAACGACAACAACAACAACAAUCCGAUACAAGUAUUAGACAAAAUGAUUUAAACCCUUGUAAACAAACUAAUAAUAAUAAUAAUGCUAUUCAUUCGAACAAUAAUCAUAAUAAUAAUAAAGUUCAUCAGAAUCAUCAUGAAGUUGAUUCUUCAUUACAUAAAACGAUCAAAGUUGAAUCAACCGUCGUUGGUGAUGAAGAAAGUGUGAAAAAAAUGUCCAUUAAUCAGAAUCAUAUUCCUCAUCAUCAUAAUCAUAAUCAAAACAAGAAUAAUGAUCACAAAAUUCAAUCGAUAACAUCAUCAUCAUCAUCAUCAUCAACAUCGACAUCGAUUGAUAUUUCGUCGAAAAAACAAAUGAUGAAUAAUACUAAUAAAUUAGUGAAUGAAAAUUUUCAACAACAACAAACAAAACCAAACAACAACAGUAAUAAUAAUAAUAAUAAUAGCCGAAAAUCUUUGAUUAAUUCCAUUUCAUUAUCGGAUCAUCAUAAUAAUUCAUCGUCAUCAUCAUCGUCAGGAAAAUUAGCAUCGACAGCUUCCAAAUUACCAUCACCAUCAUCAUUGACAUUAGCAUCAGAUUCUUCCAUAAAAUCAUCAAAAAAUAUUGAUAUUAAUAAACGUAAACAUAGUGAGAAUAAUCAUCAUAAUCAUCAUCAUCAUCAUCAUAAUCAUCAACAAGAAAAAUACAAUAAUCAUGGUACAGAUAAUAAAUUAGAAAAUUCCAGUGCCUCGCUUUCAUUUGCAGCGACAACUACAAAAACCACGAUGUCAACAAAUCUAAAAUCAAUGGAAAUUCCAUUAAUGAAUGCUGCGGUAAAACGUUCACCAGAAGAUGAAGAUCAAUGUUCAUCAACAUCAACGCCUGUGACAUCGAAAAAGAUUGCUAGAAAAUCCAUUGUUGGAAAUGGCCAUAAUCAAAAUAAUGAACAUCCGAAUCAAGAUCAUGAUCAUCCGCAGCAACAACCGAUUCGAAAAAAUAAUAAAUUGGUAGAAAUGACACAACCGGCUAAAUUGCCAUUAUAUUUUGUUAAUGGCCAAAAUAACAACGAUAACAACAAUGAUAAUAAUAUUGUAAUGAAUAAUCAAUCAUCAUCAUCGUCAAUGAUAAUGAAACGAUAUGCAAAUGAAUUGCCAACAAGAGAAAUUGUUGAUCAUUGGUCAGUGGAUGAAUUGUUGGAAUUUUUGAACAUACGUUUUCCAGAAUUUCAUAAAUUUGAACAAAAUUUUCGAUCUCAUGAAAUUGACGGUAACGCAUUUCUACUACUUGACAAUCAUGAUUUAAUGAUGAAAUUUUUGGGCGUUAAAUUGGGCUAUUCACUUAAGAUUAUUGAUCUGAUUGAAAAGAUUAAUACUGGUGGUUGUAGUGGAAAUAUUAUGGAUACAACUGACAGUAGUUUAUCGAAUUAAGAGAAUUGGAAACAAAAAGAUUCCUUUUUAUCAUCAUCAACAUUAUCAUCCACACAUACACACAUCCACAAAAACAAACAAAUACUUUUUUUUGUGAAUCAAUUUUAAUUGUUAUCAAUUGUCGAUAAAUUCUAUAUUAUGUGUAACUUUUCUGAGAAUACUUUAUCUUAUUAUCAAUGGUCAUUAUCAUUAUUUUAUUUUGGGAAAAAAAAGAUUUGAAUUUGUUUUUCUUUCACCUCUCUUCCUCCUUCAACACAACAUUAUUAUCGUUGAUUUUUUUUCAGCCAAAUUUCAAAUUUGGUCAUUUAAAUCCAGAAACUUUUUAUCCACUAUUUAGGUACUCAGUACACACGAAACAAAACUCUUAUUUGAUUUUCUUUUUCUUUUCAUUUUUUUUUUUUUUUGGCGAAAUUAAUCAAAGUUUUUCCUGUUAUACGAUUCUAAAAUCGAUAUUCGACAAUGAAAAUCAAUAUUUGAUCAUCAAAAUUCUCUUUAAUAUAUAUUGCGAACCGGAGAGAAAAGAUUUUU